AUGGUUUACUAUGGCGCGCUGAACCUUGUCUUUCGGGACGAGCGCCAACGAAUCAGGAAGAAGAUUGGAAAUGAAGCUGGCAGCUCGUCGAAGCCGAGGAAUCUGCCAAUCAACUACGCGUUGUGCCUCAACAUUGAAGAUAGGGCGGCCACCUUUUUCUUCACCCACUACACCACUACUGGACCACCGUUCUGUGACUCUGCUGCGAGCCAAGGAGCGACGAUAAUGUUCGAAAGCUGGAAUGAUAGCCAUGCGUGGACGGCGCAUAUUGAGGGCGCAACAGCCCUGUUGCACCUUCGCGGCAAGGGCCAAUUCACAAGAGAGCUUGGAAUACAGCUCUACAUACAAUUCAGACAGCAAAUUCUCCAAGCCUGUAUGCAUCGAGGUGUUCCCGUACCCCCUGCCCUUGUGGAGAUAACCAUGCAAUUCGAAGCCAGCCGCCGAGGAACACAGUACAAUAGUCUACGUCCAGGGUCCUUAGCAGUACUAGGCUUUAGGCUCGUCAACCUUUCUGCAGCCAUGAACACACAACAAAUAACAGACGCCAACGCAAUCUACCGGAUAGCGGUGGACAUUGACAGUGAUCUCAACGCCUGGGCGUCAAAAUCCUCGCAAUCUGAUCGGAAGUUCCACGAGAUUGAAGCAGAUGCAUCCAAGAAAGAAAAUAACUUCAACGGGAGAGAACAUGUGUAUAACAGUGUUUGGGGAGCACAAGUCUGGAACAACUGGCGGUCGUUGACGAUAGUGACAAACCGUAUUAUUCUCAACCAUGUCGACAAACAGAGCUUCGAGAACAACGAACUCAAAGAGAUAAUGCGGUUCCACAGCACCUCGGUUAUCCACAGUCUUUCUGCUGAUAUAUGUACAUCUACACCUAGUCUAUCUGGUACCCCACGAGCACCUUCCAUGAUCUGGCCGUUGCACAUCGUCUCCCAAGAAGAACUAAAUGUACCAAAUGUACGAUCUUGGGCAGUCGAGCAACUAAUAGGUAUCAGAAAGUUGAUGGGCAUAAAGCAAGCUGCUGUUCUGGCAACCACGAUGGGCUGA